UAAAACCUGAGUGUCUUGCACAGGAACCUUAGAAAUUAGUGAGAGGAAAAAUUCUAACCAGCAACCUACAAACAGUAGAAGGGGAUGCACUCUUUACUGCGAAGGACUUAAUGACAAGUGCUUGGAGAUGACGAAAUCAUAUACGGAAAACAAUAUAAUGCCAGAGCCGAGAAGUACCCCAAGUUGGACAGAUGAAUGUCUUAGUUCCCAAGACGAGCAUGAAGAAGCUGAGAAAAAUGAUGAUGAACACGAUAUCAUAAUGAGAGUGGAUGACAGUUGUAUUCAAAAUAGAGAAGAUGAGGAGGUGGAGGAGGACGACGACGAAGACGAAGAAGACGAGGAAGAGGAUGGCGAUCAAAAACCCAAAAGGAGGGGCCCCAAGAAAAAGAAAAUGACAAAAGCUAGAGUGGAGAGGUUUAAGAUGAGACGUAUGAAAGCAAAUGCUAGGGAGAGAAACAGAAUGCACGGCCUCAACGCAGCUCUGGACAAUUUGCGAAAAGUUGUCCCAUGUUACUCUAAGACUCAAAAGCUAUCAAAAAUAGAAACGUUAAGACUUGCAAAAAAUUACAUCUGGGCUCUUUCUGAGAUUUUGCGAUCUGGCAAAAGUCCUGAUUUGGUAUCUUUUGUACAAACACUUUGCAAGGGCUUAUCCCAACCUACCACUAACUUGGUGGCCGGCUGCCUUCAAUUAAACCCAAGAACGUUCCUUCCAGAACAGAACACGGAUAUGCCACCACAUAUGCAAGCCAGCGCUUCCUUCCCAGUCCAUCAUUAUUCUUAUCAGUCUCCCGGUCUUCCUAGCCCACCGUAUGGUACUAUGGACAGCUCCCACAUAUUCCACGUCAAACCACACUCGUAUGCAGGAGCACUGGAGCCAUUCUUCGAAAGCGCUCUUACUGACUGCACUAGCCCUUCCUUUGACGGGCCCUUAAGCCCACCUUUGAGUAUCAAUGGGAAUUUUUCUUUUAAACACGAGCCUUCCAAUGAAUUUGAUAAAAAUUAUGCCUUUACCAUGCAUUAUCCUGCAGCCAGUCUCGCGGGAGCUCAGGGUCACGGGUCGCUCUUUUCUGGCGCUGCACCCCGCUGUGAAAUCCCUAUAGACAAUAUCAUGUCCUACGAUGGUCAUUCCCACCACGAAAGAAUUAUGAGUGCCCAGCUGAAUGCCAUCUUUCAUGAUUAACAUCUGGAACAUAUAUUUAUCCACGACAGAAUAGAAGUUAUAGAACUAAUCCUAUGAACUUGUUGGCUAUCUUCUAAGGGAAGAGCGACGGAUUAGGUAUCAGAGUACUACAGCAUACAGAUACUACAGUGCUUCAAGUGAUAUGUACUUACUGUCUUUACUGCCUUUAAAACAGGAAUGCGUAUUCCUGUUUCAUCUUAUGUAUUAUUUUUUAUAACUCAUAAAUGUUAAAGCUUCGCCAAUAAGUUGGUGCUUGCUGUAGUCAGAUCAUAUUAAUUAUCUGAUCAGAAUAAUAAAACCACUAGCAAUAAUUAGGAAUCUAUGCAAUUUUUAAAUGAAUAAAUGGGCCAACUCAAAAUAUAUAUUUUUCAAGCAAGGUUUUACAACUUAUUACCUUUCCCAUGCUGAAUUAUUUUGUUGUGAUUUUGUACAGAAUUUUUAAUGAACUUUUAUAAUGUGGAUUUCCUAUUUUAAAUCAUGCAGUUCCAUCAAUGUUUUAUAUGUAUGUAUCUAUAUCAGAACAAUAGAAUUAUCUCUAAUUUAUACAAAAUAAUUUAACUAAUUUAAACCAGCAGAAAAGUGCUUAGAAAGUUGUUACGUUGCCUUAGCACUUCCGCGUUGUUUUGGAUAAGAUUGCACAAUCUUAACAAUUGAUUUCCCACAGAGAGUCCUGUUCGUAAAUAUAAAUAUAGUACAAACAUAAAAUGAAUGAAGUAAAGGCGAAAGCGUAUUUUGUUAAAUACAUAUCAAUCCAAUUCAAUUCUUGCACAUAAAUGUAUAUAGCUGUAUUAACCGGAUGCCAGCAUCCUUUAUUACCUAUGAAAGCUGCUUGACUAUCACUUACAGUUUGCACUUGUUGAAGUUUUAUAAAAAGCUGUGUCCAGUGAUGUUAAGAUAAAGUGAAAAUGCUCAGAAUAAUGAAUCCAGCACAUUUAUAUUGCAUGAUUUCACCCAUCACAUACAGAGUCAGUGUAUCAUUAUAACAAUAACUCGGUCAUACAGGUAAUCAGGUCAUUAAAGCUGGGCUGUGAAGUAGCAUAUUAGCACAGUAGCAGAAACAAAUUCACUCUUUUACUCCGUAUUAGAACAAUAGAUAUUGCAUGCACAAUGCAGUCCACAUGAAGUGCUGUCUGAAGUGUAAUGCUGGUUCAAAUGAAAUCAGUUUGUACUGUAAUUUGUUUGUAAUUUUGUAUAGUUCAAUGUAUAAUGUACAUUGCGAUUUUAGGUAAAAAAUACCCAUCAAUUCAGAUAAUGAACAUUCGGUCAAUUGUUUCAUUUUUCCAUAAAUGUGAUAUCCUUAGUGUAAGUAAUUCCUAUGGGAUUAUUGUUUUAUUUUGAUAGCUCACAAAAAAUUGAAAGAAUAUUAUUUGUAGAAUAAAACCAAUUAAAAAUAAAUCUGCCAUUACAGCUUGUGGAUUUUC